GCUAUCAAGGCUGGCUGCAAUGGAUGGAGGUCGAUUGGGGGAUGUUAUGAGUGGUUGCAAUGACGGGAGGUCGGUUGAACGGCUAGAAGACAAUGGUGCGAUUAGAGGGAGCAAAUCAAACAACUCGGUCGAGAUUUUUAGCGAGGAGAGAGGGUUGGAUGAUGCGGACCUUUGUGUACUCCAAAAAGAACUACAUGCCUAUAUUAAGCUGCGGCUUAUUUCUGCUAUAUAUCACCUCUUCUGUUGCAUUCUCUUCAUCAAAACCAUGAGAAUUCCAAAUCAAAGGCUCUCAUCAUUUCUUUUCUUGAUGAUCAUCCUCGCUGUUAGCCAGCUCUCAAGUUGCCGCCACCUCCAUAUAAAUUUAGGUGAUCAAACAAAGAAAGCAGCUGCUGAAACAGAGGUGUCUCCUCAGUUUUCAUUGCAUUUCCCUGCACAAGCUCCUGAAGGAUCCAGCAAAGACGAGAAAGAUGACCCAGUUUAUGGAGUUUCUUUUAGAACAGUUCCAGGGGGGCCAAACCCACUCCACAACUGA